AGUUUCUCUCUCCUAGGGUUUUCAGAAAAAAAGCUUUAAACUUUCCGUUCAUUUUGGAUCAAUUCCCCAGUUCCGUUACUGGAUGGCGAUAAAUUUGACGGAGGGUGCGAUAGAGUUGAUAUGCAAGGGCGAUGUUACGACGGACAACCACUUGAUACCCGUGCUUCAAGUGAUGGAUUUAAAGCUCGUUGUUUCUAAGCAACAGCAGCAACAGCAACAACAGAGAUUCAGAAUGGUGCUAUCGGACGGAUCGCUGAGUCAGCAAGGCAUGCUCGCCACCCAGAGAAAUGAGUUAGUCCAUUCCGGGCAAUUGCAGAUUGGCUCCGUUGUUAGGUUAACCAAGUUCACCUGUAACGUUAUCCAAAACCGCAUGAUUGUUAUUGUUAUGGAUUUGGAGGUGAUAAUGCAAAAUUGUAAGCCAAUUGGAAAACCUGUACCUGCGCAAAGACCUUCUGCACCUGCGCAAGUGUCCAAUGAUCAAUUGAGGGCAGUUACCGGGAAUCCUCAACAUUAUGGUGGAAGCUCGCUUGCUGGUGGGUCAGUUGAUAAAUCAAAUGUGACUGGUACAUCUCCACAACAUGCUAACAGGAGUAUGAAUCAUUUAUCGGGUACUUCAUAUUCCAGCAAUUCUGAUCCUGCAAGUUGUGUUACAACAAAUGAAACACCAUGUUAUUCUAAACCAGAGCCUGGUGCUAGAUUUUCUGGUGUUGGUGCGCCAGUUGAUAAACCAAAUGUAAGUGGUACAUCUCCCCAACAUGCUAACAUGAGAAUGAAUCAAUUACCGGGUAAUUCAUAUUCCAGCAAUUCUGAUCCAGCAAGAUAUGUUACAACAAAUGAAACAUCCAGUUACUCUAAAUCAGAGUCUGGUGCUAGAUUUUCUGGUGGAUCAGGAUCAUUUAACAAUCAGAACAUGAGUUUUGGUGACCCUAGGCUGGAACUUUCCCGGUCUUAUCAAAGCAAUUAUGCUCGUACGCCUCAACCAGCCUAUAUGCAGCCACCUGCUAUGUAUGGGAACAGAGGACAAGUGGCUAAGAGUGAAACACUUCCCAGGAUAAUUCCCAUUGGUGCUCUUAAUCCCUACCAGGGCAAGUGGACAAUCAAGGCUCGUGUAACAUCCAAGGGAGAACUUAGGCACUAUAACAAUCAACGUGGUGAUGGUAAAGUUUUCCAUUUUGAUCUUCUUGACUCUGAUGGUGGCGAAAUCAGGGCAACCUGCUUUAAUGCAGUGGUGGACCAAUUUUACCACCAAGUUGAAGCAGGUAAAGUUUAUUUGAUUUCUAGGGGAACUUUAAAACCUGCUCAAAAGACCUUCAAUCACCUUCAUAAUGAUCUUGAAAUUUUUCUUGAUACUACGUCAAUGGUACAGCUGUGCGUGGAGGAUGACAAUUCAAUUCCACAACAGCAGUUUCAUUUCUGUUCCAUAAGUGAUAUUGAAGCCAUGGAGAACAACUCUGUUGUGGAUGUUAUUGGUGUGGUCUCAUUUAUUAGUCCAGCUGCUUCAAUAAUGAGAAAAAAUGGUACUGAAACUCACAAGAGAACCCUCCAUUUGAAAGAUAUGUCCGGGCGAAGUGUUGAAUUAACCCUAUGGGGAACCUUCUGUAAUGAUGACGGACAAAGACUGCAAGAAAUGUGUGAUUCUGGGAUCUUUCCAGUUCUUGCUGUGAAAUCAGCCAGGGUCAAUGAUUUUAAUGGGAAAGCAGUGGGGACUAUUUUGUCAAGUCAGCUGUUUAUGGAACCUGAUUUUCCCGAGGCUCACAAGUUAAGAGAAUGGUUUGACAAGGAAGGAAAGAAUAUCCAGUCAGUCUCCAUUUCCAGGGAAACAUUGAGUGUGGUUAGGUCGGAUAUCCGAAAGACUAUAUCUCAAAUUAAAGAUGAGGGUUUAGGGACAAAGGAGAAGCCAGAUUGGAUCACUGUCAAUGCAACAGUUGUAUACAUAAAAUUUGACAAUUUUUGUUACACAGCUUGUCCUAUCAUGAUUGUGGAUCGACCAUGCAACAAAAAGGUUACAAAUAACGGAGAUGGGAGGUGGCAUUGUGAUAGGUGUGAUCAGUCUGUUGCUGAAUGUGACUAUAGGUAUAUAAUCCAGUUCCAGAUACAGGAUCAUACUGGCUUAACAUGGGUAAAUGCAUUUCAGGAGUGUGGUGAGGAGAUCCUGGGCAUUUCUGCAAAAGAUUUGUACUACUUGAAAUAUGUUGAUCAAAAUGAAGAGAAAUUUUCAGAAACCUUACGGAAUGCUACCUUUUCAAAAUAUAUAUUCAAGUUGAAAGUAAAGGAGGAAACAUUCGGUGAUGAACAACGUGUAAAGUCAACAGUAGUCAAGGUGGAAAAGUAUAAUCAUUCAUCUGAUACCAGGUUUCUUUUGGAUAUGAUGGAUAAGCUUAAAUCAGGAGAUUUAAGUUCUUAUACCUCAAAGGCAGAAAGUUCAGUUCCUAAUUCUGGAAUGAGUAAUAGAGGAGCUGGGAGUAUCGGAAACAGACAACCUGCACCAGCAUUUGCAAACUAUGUGGGGACUAACAGCAAUGCUAGUAGAGAUUUCGGGUUAAUGGCCAAUCAAAUGGGGCAGUAUGGAAACCAGUACAGUGGUUCAAGGCUUGCUGUUGCCGGCACUCCCAUGCAGGAAUGCUGUAGCAGUUGCGGGGCUGCUGGUCAUAGCUCUGCAAAUUGCCCGAGCAUUAUGAGUGGGCCUGGACAGUCCAUGGCAGGAGGCUAUUCCAACAGAGUAUCCCCUGGAGUAGGCGGUGGAGUAGGCGGUGGUGCAUCUGGUGAGUGUUAUAAAUGCCACAAAUUCGGACAUUGGGCAAAAGACUGUCCUGGACGGAAUACAGCUCCUCCAGCUUAUGGAAGCAGCGGCAUUGGCAUUUCCCCUGGGAGAUAUGGGAAUGCCCCAAGGCAACAAGUUGGUGGCUUUUGAAGCGACUAGAAGAAAUCUGUACAAAUUGAUGUCUGGUUGUUAAAUAUCAUGUUAUCUUGAUUGGUAUAUAGCGAUUUCAAUGCUCUGUUUUGAUUUAGGUUGAUGGGUCCUAUGUACAGCUGUUUUGGGAGCUCAUGUAUGGCAUGGCAGGCAUCUUGUUUCUACAGCUUCAUCAUCUCACGAAGCGUGUACUUUUGUGGAGGGUAUUAAGAUAUUUUGUUUC